GGACGAUCUGCCAGCAGUGCAAGAUUUUGCAUAUACAGCUGAGUAGAUUAUUCAGCUCUAGAAGAAAGAUUUGUCUUCACAAAUUCCUUUGAAAGCACAAUGGAUGCAUUUUAGAGUUCUACAGAAGUCAUCUAGGAACAAGAACAUUGGACUUUGAGGAAUAACAGAGUUCAGAGAGCCCAGAAAUUGGUCACUAAUAAAGCCUCUUUGGCCAUACAGCUUGGAAAUGAAUACCAUUGAGACAGCAAAGCUUGAAGAGCACAUGGAGGGUCAGCCAAAUGAGACUUCUAAUGGCUACUCACGACCUACUCUCUCAGUCAGUGAAGAGAACAAAAAUGGCACUAGCAAACCAAAGGGCUUGUCUAAUGGCUUGCGAAAAACAGCAAAGAAGUAUCCUGAUUACAUCCAGAUUGCUAUGCCUGCUGAAUCCAGGAACAAAUUCCCUCUGGAAUGGUGGAAAACAGGCAUUGCCUUUGUCUAUGCUCUCUUCAACUUGAUUUUAACAACUGUCAUGAUCACUGUGGUCCAUGAGAGAGUACCUCCAAAGGAGCUAAGCCCUCCCUUGCCUGACAAAUUUUUUGAUUACAUUGAUCGUGUGAAAUGGGCUUUUUCUGUAUCAGAAAUAAAUGGAAUGAUACUACUUGGAUUAUGGAUAUUCCAGUGGUUGUUUCUUAGAUACAAAUCAAUAGUGGGACGCAGGUUCUUUUUUAUAAUAGGAACUUUGUAUCUGUACCGCUGUAUUACCAUGUACGUUACCACCUUACCUGUGCCUGGAAUGCAUUUUCAGUGUGCACCAAAGUUGAAUGGAGACUCUCAGGCAAAGGUUCAGAGAAUCCUGCGACUGAUUUCUGGUGGUGGUCUAUCCAUAACUGGAUCCCACAUCCUGUGUGGAGACUUCCUGUUUAGUGGACACACUGUAGUAUUAACGCUGGUCUAUCUGUUCAUCAAAGAGUAUUCACCACGUAAUUUCUGGUGGUAUCACUUGAUCUGCUGGCUGAUGAGUGCUGCUGGCAUCAUUUGUAUCCUGGUUGCUCAUGAGCACUAUACCGUAGAUGUCAUCAUUGCCUACUAUAUCACCACACGGCUCUUCUGGUGGUACCACUCCAUGGCUAAUGAAAAGACUUUAAAGGUGUCUUCGCAGACGAAUUUUCUCUCUCGAGCAUGGUGGUAUCCAAUAUUUUAUUUCUUCGAGAAGAAUGUGCAAGGCUCUGUUCCUUGCAGUUUUUCCUGGCCAAUAUCUUGGCCUCCCAGCUGCUUCAAAUCUUCAUGCAAAAAGUAUUCGCGGGUUCAGAAGACAGGAGAGGACAAUGAAAAAUCUACCUGAAGAAAAGAAGAAAAGCAUCUGCUCUGUUUUUUUUCAUUUUAGAUUUUUUUUUACCAAAACAUUAAUGCUGUAACCAAAGUUCUUAAGAAGACUGUAACUGAAGAAGUGGACCAAGCUUCUGUGCAAUUGAUGAAAAGACAAUUGUAGACAUAUAUAUUGCAUUUCAGAUGUUUUCUUCUCAUCUGGCUGUACAGACCUAUUCUACUCUUCAGUGCUGAUGAAAAGCACCACUGAUGGGAUUUUUUUUAAUUAAAGGAAAAAAUGGAGCAGGAUUGUGCUUUAUUAAUGAGAUAGAGGUGCCAAAGACCACAGUCACACUUCCAUUACUAUCACUCAUCUAUCACUCAUCCACAGAAGCACCCAAAAGUCUCCUCUUCAGAGCUCUGCAGUGCGUAAGGGCAAAAACAUUCUAACAUGUAAGCGCACGAUAUUGGCAUACUGAGGUGUAUAAAAAAAUAACACAAUUGUGGGAAGUGGUUUGUUGCAUUAUUCUUGUAAUGAAGGUAAGGCCUUUGUGUGAAUGGUACAGCUAGAAGCAAGUCUGGCUUUUUUACACACUGUGGGUAUGAAUAUCUUAGGACCCUAAAAUACUACUUACCACUGUUAACUCCCAUGUAUUCUACUAUAUACCAAUUUUUACAUUUUUAUUAGUAAUUUUAUAUUUAAAUGGUU